AGAGUGGUGCAGUGCACUGGGUGCAUGCGGAAGUUUCUCUUCUCCAGGGCAGCGUCAGGUAGGCCGGCAAGGAAGGUCUGUGAUUCUGUAUCAUCGAUGGCAGGCUCGGAAUCUGCUUCGGAGACAAACAGGAGGAGGCGUCUGUAUAGCCGUUGAGAUUUUCCCUCUUCAAAAUCCCCUCUCUUUUCGCUGCUGGCCUUCGCUCUGUUAGGGUUUUAGCGAGCGCCAAAUGGGGAGCAGAGUUCCGGUGGACCACUACACUCUACCACCCGCCGCUGACAAUUCCUACCUUGGCAGCUCUCUAAACGACGGAGAAGAUGUUCCUGACCCCGUCGCCGAUGACGUCGCCGAUGAUAACGAUGAUCGCUCCUCUGCUGUUGUCAGUGACUGCAUGCAUGAAUCCUAUGAAAGCUCCUUGCCACUUCACAGUAUGGGUGUGGAGGAUGAUAGAAGCAGUCUUGAGAAUAACGGGUCUUCAAGCGGUCCAUAUCCUAUUUUGACAAUUGAUGAUGUCUCACCAAUUGAAACGGCCAGAGCAAGAUUAAUAGACAUCAUCAUUGAUCAUUUCAUUGAGCCGCAUGUAAUUGAAAUGGCGGAUUUUGAUGCCGAAUACAUGGUGCAGCAAGCACCCCAAGAUAACUCAAGCAAGAGGAAGUCAGGAGAGAUUCGGUAUGAAGGGGAUGCACGCUAUGCUUUGCCAUUGAUGUAUGUUGCUAACUUGUAUGAAACGUUAGUGGGUGAAGUUAAUGCUAGGUUAGCAUCAAUAAGUGGCGUCCGUGAAAAGACCAUUGGUGUGUCCCUUGAAGCUUCUGGGGGUUUGUACAGAAAGCUUGCAAAAAAAUUUCCUAGGAAAGGUUCUUGUAUAUUUAAAAGAAGGGAGCUAGCAACUUCUUUUGAAACAAGAUCAAAGUUUCCUGAGUUAGUUAUACAAGAGGAAAAGCGUGUUCGUUUUGUGGUGGUAAAUGGCUUAUCUAUUUUCGAGAAGCCAACCAAAGUUGGUAUAGAUGAUGCGGAGUGGUUUAAAAGACUUACUGGACGGACUGAAGUUGCUGUAUCUUCUAGAGACUACAAAUAUUAUGCUCCAAGGCACAAGUACAGGCGUGCGAUAUCGAACUCUGUUUCCAGCAUGCCUGCACUGCCCGCAUUCCCUAGUCCAGAAAACUCGUCUUCAAUGGCUACAUCUCAAGGCUAUCACCCGGUGAAUGAAAAUACCGAGCAGACUCCGUCAAAACAACAACACAUGCAAGCACUAGCCAGUCAGGCUCAAUUCCAUCGUCUUCACCAGGGCCAUUCCCAUCAUAUGAAUCAAAGUCCACAUCCAGCUCAGUUUAUGCAUAAUCAACAGUGCGUCACUCCCCCUCCAUUGCCUGAAAUCGGUCACAACCAGCAGCCCUCUGCUAUUGCCCAACACAUCGCUUGUUUACAGUCACUUGGUCACGUUGGAGGGCGCCUGCACGUAAUGCAGUCGAGCCCUGCAAAGUUCUGUGAUGAAUGUGGAGUUCCUUAUCCGAGGGAAACCUCCAAGUUCUGCUCGGAAUGCGGCACCAAGCGAUUCGGGACAUGACUGCCCUUGUACGUCGCCAUUUCUCAUACUCUUUGUACAUUUCUUGAAAUAUAUAUAUCAUGUCUGUAAAAUUCAUAGAACAUUAUCAUGUGAGGUAUGAUAAAUGGCCAUUUUUGAUAAAUGAUUGAUGGCCUUAUAUAUCGAUAUCCUCAACGCUUUUGUACAUGAAAUGUAUCUCAGGGUAUUGUAAUUUUUACUUUCAUAGUUGAAACAUUUCGUGUAAUGAAUUGGAAUUAAACAUAAUAUAUGAAAUAAAUGGUUGCAAAAG